GUUUAACAUUGAGCAACGUGAAAUAUGAAAUAUGUGUUGAAAUUGUUUUUAAAAUAUUUUGUAACAUUUUUUAUAUGAAAAUUGGACAUUUCGUAUUGCGCAUGAAUCUUCCAGAUAUUGGUAUAGAUAUUUACGUACACACAUACCGUUACUUGCUACAUAUGUAAUAUAAAAAGAAUCGAUAAAUAUGUUUGCAAUCUGUGGGAUAAGGUUCGAUAGUAAGAGUUAUAUAUCAAAAUAAUGAAAAAUUUUUUUAAAGGAAAAUGGAAGCAAGAACACAAAUAAAUGUCCCGUAUCGGCCAGGAGGCAAAAAGAUGCGAAAACGUCGAGAAUUAGAUGCUCUUAUUGCACAUUCCUUAGCUAAACGAAACUUGUCUCGACGAUCUAAUGAAGGACUUUUCUUGCAAGACAAACUUAUGUCAGCUUCAACUGAUGAUCCAGAUGAUUAUACAUUGCCCAAGGUUUAUCACAGCAGUACCCGGAGAGGCAGAAAGUAUAUAUUUUUCCGCGUUUGUGGACCUCUAAUAUUUAUGACGUCAUUUGCUUUGUUAUUCGUGUUUAUGUAUUGGUAUUAUUUUGACUUACGGCAACAAAUUUACGAUAACAGACAGAAAAUCGAGGAAGCCUAUACUACAAGCCAAAAUCUACCAGAAACGAUGCAGCAGUGGCAUGAAACAUCGACAUUACUGCUCAAGAACCAAACUGUAAUAUUUAAAAGGAUAGAAGAUUUUAAGCGCUUGUUAGAGUCCUUACAAAAUAACUGCACUAAUCUGGAAAAUAAAUCGCACUAUAUCAACGACGAAAAAAUUGUUGCUAACUUCGGUGCAAGAAUAGAGGCAAUUGCUACUGAUCUUGAGGGUAUUAGAACCCAUUAUAAAACUUUGGCUGAGCAACAAGAAACUUUAAAAAUGAAUUUUGCGGAGCUUAAAUCUAAUGUGACGAAUAUUCUUAAGCUUGUGUUGGAGAAAUAUACGAAUAUAACGAAACCAAUUACUUAUGAACCUUCUACAAAUACUACAAUUCUAAAUGAUUUAAAGGAAGUGACUACGGAAAGCAGUGUUAAUAAAACAAUCGAACAAUUGUCCAAUGCAUUGGAACACAAAUAAAUAUACAUUCUAACCUUUUCCGUCCUACAUCUAAUAAAACUUUAAGUAAACGUAUUCAUUUUAUUACAAUUAUGUUUCAUAUAUGUUUUGUGUUAAGUGGAUUUUAAGAAUAAUAAACAUAAUAAUAAUUUAAUUUUAAUCUAAGUAAUCAAAAUUUUGUAAAUAGCAAUGUGAUUUAAUCUUCGUUAAUGUUUAUUCAUAAGUAUCGUACGUGUUUUUAAAAUAAAGUC